AGGGCCCCAGACCUAGAAAUGUCUCGCUUGGCGGGGCCGGGCUUAGGGACCAUAUAAAGCUUCUUCCAUCCCCAAGGGCCUCAUCCCCGUCGCACGGAGCCGCUCGCUCUCACCGCUGAACUGGGUCACCUGACUGCAGCAGAUGGCUUCGCCGCAGAACCAGCAGCAACGCAGGCAAAGUCUCCCCUUGCCCCCAGCACUGAGCAAUGCCGCUCCAGAACCAGAACCCAGCCCAGGUCCAAGAACAGUCAAAGAACCUGAAAAUGCACCCCGGGAAGAAGAGAAGCCCCAGAAGGAGCCACUGGACCAGCCUCCUGGCCCAGUCCCGGAACUGGAACCAGAACCAGAGCCAGAGCCAGAGCCAGCACCAGAACCAAAUCCACCAGAAGCUGAAGAAGCAGGAUAUUUACAGCCAGAGCAGCAGCAAUACAAGCAGCCACCCGCCCUACCACCUGCACCGGGAGCAGAAACAUCCACGGAAUGUGAGGAAGCAAAACCGGAACCAGAACCAGAGCCAGGCCGAUGCCCCCCACCCAUCAGCGAGCCAGAAGGUCCUGGCCCUGUGCAACCAUCCCCACCGGGGGAAGAGAAGCAACAGAAACAACCGUGCCGCUGGCCCCCGGCACGGAAGUAGCUCCCAGCUCCCGAAGGGAGCCCACGCCACGCACGCGAGGCAGGAUAGUGACCAAGUCUCUUCCUGGUCCUGUCCGCGGGGGUUAGAAGGCUUUACUGUAGCAGCUUCAGAGCUUUGUCCUGUACGUGUCGGGGCCUGUUCUCCAUUAGUAUCCUUAACCUGCCACCAGGCUGGUUCCCGCCAGCUUGUCCCUUCUCCUCUGUCGCUCUUCUCCAGGAAACGAUUCGCGGCCGGCGCGGCGAGGCUCUGAGCACACGCUCGCACCCGCGGGGGCCCUGCUUCUGAAACCUGCCCAGGCCAGAGUGAGAACUGGGCCGUCUCUGCGUACGCCCAAACUCUACAGCCCUGGGCACGGAUUCCGAGGAGAGACGAGACGCCGCAGCCCCCUCGCGAGCACAGACAAGUGGUGCCCACUCUGGCCAGGAUGGCCAGCCGCAGGGACGGCUCUUCGCCUGCGCGCGUGAGGGCCUGAACGAGAGAACGACGCGGCUCGGCUGUAGCAUGGAAUUGCCCGGCCCCCCCGUGCCUGUGCUCCGCGCUCUCGCUGUACGCGACACAAUAAAAUCUCCAGUUCAUGGAUGGGCA